AUGGAAUCCAACCGGAAAAGACAAAAAAACUAUUCAUUCUUACUGAAUAGUUUUACGAAAAGUCUAAGUAACUUUCUAAGGGAAACUGGAUUGCAUGGACUGAAAUUUGUGGGCGACUCAUCGCUAAGAAUCUGGGAAAGAUCCUUUUUCUUCAUUGCGUUUGUGGCCGCAUUUAUGCUGACUUGCCACCUGAUAUCAAAUAUUUAUGGCAAGUGGAAUAGUACACCAGUUAUUAUUGGCAUUAGUCCACAUGCCACAUCGAUUCGGAAGGUGCCAUUUCCGGCCAUAACUAUAUGCAACAUGAAUCAGGUGCAACGCAGUAAAGUCCAGCAUUAUAAGGAUGGGUCCAGUGAGAAAGAUCUGUUGAAACUACUCUGCUCACAAGACUCUUUCGAAACGGAGGAUGAUAACGGUUCAGAUGCGAUUCCGCUCUCCACUUUUUUGGGCGACAACAAUCUGCAAGUGAGCGAAUUUCUAACGGAUCAUGCCCAGCCCUGUGAGCAAAUGUUGCGACACUGCAAAUUGAAUGGUGAGGAAUAUGAUUGUGUCCAUCUCUUUCGGCGCAUAAUCACCGAUGAAGGUUUGUGCUGCGUAUUUAAUUUUCUGCCACCGGAGAUUGUAUAUAAGUCAACUUCGAAAAACACUAGAAACUUAACCUCUAGUCUUGUGAAUGAGCCUGUGCCCUGGGAUCCGGAGACCGGCUAUCCCUUGAAAUUACCAAAAAAAUAUUAUCCAGUUCCGGCCAUUGGUACUGGUAUAACAAUGGGAUUUUCUGCCGUUCUCGAUGCCCAGCUGAGCGAAUACUACUGCUCAUCUACGAACGGACCUGGAUUCAAGAUCUUAUUCCACAAUCCCACAACAUUACCAAAUGUUAAAGACGAAGGUCUUGUCGUGGGCGUUGGCUACGAAACGAACUUUCGCAUGGAGUUUAGCAGAUCUGAAGCGACGCAAGCAAUUCGAUCCAUACCUCAGGUGGAUCGUCAGUGUGUCUUUCAGAAUGAGAAGAACUUGAUUCAUCACAAGGUCUACUCACUUCUGGACUGUGAAAGGGAAUGCAUCACAAUGUUUCUGUACAAGUCCUGCGACUGCAUUCCCCACAAUUAUCCGCAAAUUUUCAGCAAUGCCAGCAUUUGCAGUGUGAAGGAUGCGUUCUGUAUUAAUCGAGCCAAACGUCCUGAGAAUAGAAAUGAGACGGCGAGCUGUCGAAAGGAGUGCCUGCCUAGUUGCUUUGAUCUGUCAUACCAGGCGGAUGCGUUAUAUUUUCCCCUGGCCAAACGGGACUUUAAGAUUGCUAAUAAACUGGUGGCGAAUAUGAACAAAACGUAUUUGCUGGAUAACAUUGCCGUUAUGAAUUUAUACUACAGGGAGUCAGCCUAUUAUGGGACUAUGACAAAUGUGUACAUUGGCUUUACUGAGUUUCUGUCAAACAUUGGCGGCGUUAUGGGAUUGUUUUUGGGAUUCAGCGUUAUCUCAAUAGCUGAACUGAUCUAUUUCUUAAUUCUUAAGCCCAUUGGGGAGUUUAUAACUUGGAAACCCUUUCGGAUGUCGAUGUGCUUGAAGGAAGUGCCGGAUGAGGUGGAGGCGGAUGGUAUUGGCGAAGGCUGA